AUGAAUCCGUUGAAGCUGAACACCACGUCGGUGUCAUUGGCGGUCACGCCAACCGUCGUAUCCACCCUCUUUUCACAUUACCUCAAUCGAAAAACUUCAAAGCAAGGACCAAACUCCCACUUAUCCUACGAUGAAGGCCUGCACCUCGUCCGAUCCUUCCUCGAGUUCGCUUCCCACCACACCGUCGAGGAGCUCCAAGCCUUUACAGCCCAAUGGGUCCCGCACCCGCAAUGGGUCAAAGUCGAAGACGUCGAGAUCCCCGAGACCGAGCUCGAGAAGUCGGCCGGCCUGAUCGAGGCCCAACUGGGACCUCGAGGCGUACGGGCCGUAGGGGGUUGCAAAUGGUGGAAGUGGCGGAAGCCGCAGAGCCCCCUCAAGGCCGAGUGGAUCGAGAUGCGCGCCGACUACCACGAGCGCAAGAAGAACGGCGGCGCGACGAAGAGGGUGAUGCUCUACGUCCACGGCGGCGCCUACUUCUUCGGCAGCGUCGACGAGCACCGCUACCAGAUGCAGCGGCACGCCCGCAAGCUGAAGGCGAGGGUCCUCGCACCCCGGUACCGCCUCGCGCCGCAGUUCCCUUUCCCUUGCGGCCUCCAGGACUGUCUCGCCGCUUACCUCUAUCUCCUCACCGUCCAGGACCCGACCACGAUCGUCCUGGCCGGCGACUCGGCCGGCGGCGGUAUGGUGCUCUCGAUGCUGUGUAUCCUGCGAGACCGCGGUAUUCCCCUACCCGCGGGCGCCGUCCUCAUCAGCCCCUGGGUCGACCUCACGCACUCGUUCCCCAGCGUCUCGGGAGAUAACCAGAUGGACUACAUCCCCUCGUCCGGCUUCCACCACAAACCAUCCCGGGCCUGGCCGCCGCCGAACGAGGAUGAUAUGGAGAUGAUGAGGGAGCAGGCCAUUAAGGCGCGAGCGGGCAAGGAGAAGAGCGCCACGAAGCUUAACACGCUCGAGAAGAAGCAGGCAGCGCCCAUCGCGCUGGGCGACGGCAACGAGACGCUGGGGGGCACCUCUGACUCUUCUGGUAACGCGGACCCCACAAAGACGGCCUUGCAGCUUUCCGUCACCAUUGACGGGAAGCUUACCACAGUCAAGGACCAAAUCCAAAUGUACACGACCAAUGCCUUACUCUCACAUCCCAUGGUCAGCCCGGUAAUGCAACCGACGCUGGGCGGCCUCCCGCCGCUCCUCAUCAUGGUGGGCGGCGGCGAGGUCCUCCGCGACGAGCAAAUCUACGUGGCACACAAGUGCGCGAACCCCGCCAAGUACCCGCCGCCGGGUCUCGACGACGCCGGGCUGGCGCAGCUGAAGCAGUACAAGCCGACGGACGUGCAGCUCCAGGUCUGGGACGACCUCUGCCACGUCGCCCCGACACUCAGCUUCACACGCCCGGCCAAGCACAUGUACCGCGCCGUCGCGCAGUUUGGCGCCUGGGCGCUGGCGAGGGCGCAGCAGACGGAGAUUGAGAUCCUGGACGACGACGACAUUUCCACGAUUUCUUCUAGCUCCACCUCGGAUUCGGAUAAAGAGGAGAACCAGACGGAGAACAACGCCGGCGGGGGGCAACCUCCCGAGCUGGUGGGCAAGGCGGGCAUGCCGUUGCCGCCCUUCAAGAAGCACAUGAUCCGCCAAAAGAUCUCCACGCGCGGCGUCGUCUCCGACCUACCUCCCGAAUCCGAGCUGGACGGCUGCGUCAUGAAGUCGGAGGAGGUCGGCGUCGUCAGGCCCACGCCCGUGAGGCGGUGGCUCGACACCAAAGCCACCUUUGACAAGAAGUUCUCGAGCGCGAAAGCCAAGGUCCACAAGAGCAUCAUCAGGGACCUGGCGGACGGGUACAUGGAUUUCGGCGACGGCGAGCAGCCGCCGCCCACGGCGCUGGCCGGUCGACGAAAGGCGUCGGAUGAGUUGGUGGACAGGAAGAAGACCAAGAGUAUCGGUCUGGCGCUGUGGUCGCUUUGGGGCUCCAAGCACGACGAGACGACGACAAAAAGAGAAAAGAAGGCCGACUCUGAUGCUGUCGCCGCCACCGCCGCCGGCAGGACGUCGCAGCAAACUCGGGAGUCUCAGCAGACUUCGCCCAGGGGCGGUGAGGGAGCCAGAUCCUUUGAGGAUAUCGAGCACCAGGAUCCGGCGCCCCUCGGCUCGCCUACGGGCAGCAAGCGGCGGUUCGUCCGGGACGAGCAUCAGACGGAAGAGGAGGAGACGCCGGCUUCCACGCAGAUGGAAGAGUCUCAGACCACGGCAGUUGACGAGACGACAACGACACCGGUAGCAGCCCUCAUCGAGAAGAGGAAAGAACAAGAGAAGCACAACGAGCAGGCCGCCGCCGCCGCCGCCGCCGACGGGAAUCACCUGAGCCCAGAUUUCGUCCCCGGCGGCACCGGCGUCGCGGGCAAGCGGCCCUUCCUCGACGGCAUCGCGCUGCCGUUUAGUCUCGGCAAGAAGGACGCCGAGACGGCGAGCAUGGUGACGCUCAUGUCGGGCGCCGAUAGUCGGCCCAUCAGUCCCAUGCCGCAGCUGAACCGGUCGGAUACAGGCGCGACGACUGACGGGGUGGAGCUCAAUGGGAACGGGAUUUCUGCUUCCCAGGCGAGUACCCAAGUCCCAACGGAGAAUGAGGGUAUGAGGCCGCCGUUGGAUACCUUUGUCACGGCGGCGGAGGAUCUGCCUCUUGCGAAGGGGAAGGGGAAGGAGGUUGUGGGUCACGGGGGGUCGGAGCAGACUGCGUGA